AGUGCCUUUGGAGAGGAGGGGAAAGAGAGUGAUGAGGAAGAUGAUGAGGAGGAGAGAGACAGUGAUGAUGAUGAGAGUAGCCUGGAGGAUGAGGAGAGCAACCAGGAGAAGAGCAAUGAGGAAGAGGAGAGCGACAAUGAGAAUACGAGUGACCCUGAGGAGGAGGAGAACAACAAUGAGGAGGACAAGGACGGUGAACCUGCGAAGCAUGAUGAGCAAGGAGAACAGAAUGAAGACAUGGAGAAUAAAGAUGAGCAAACGGAGAGGAAUUCUGAGGAGGACGAGGAUGAGGAGGAUGAAGAAGAUGAGGAGACCAGUCUUGAGCAGCAGGAGGAGAAGAGCAUCAAAAAGGCUAUGGGUGACCAUGGGGAGGAGGACAACAUCUUCCAGGUAGGGCAGGUGAGACAAAGCCAUGAUUGGGGUGAAGCAUCAAGGAGGCGUUGGCUGGAAAGAUGGAGGAGCGGGAGGAGACUGAAUGGAAGACGUUCAGUGAUCAUGAGGGGGAGGAGGUACAGAGCAAUGAGGAGGCGCUGGAUGACGUUAAGGAGGAGAAAAAGGGCAAAGAGGAGAGUGGCCGUGAUGAAGAAGAGGUCAAGGAGAGCGACAGUGUGAGCACUGAGAGAAUAGGAGAAUAAACCAGGAGGUGUGACCAUCGGAGGUGAUCAUGAAAUGGUGAUCAUGAAGGAGAGGCUCAACGGGAUGAAAAAAGAGGAUGCAGGAGGAGGCGCAUGGAGGAUGCCACAGUGUGAAACAUCAGUGCCAAAUAAGGAGAGAUGACUUGAAUAUGCAAACAAUAUUAAUAUAACUUACUGCAGCCGUUUUAUUAACACGCAAACAUUAUGUAUUAAUUACAAUUUUAAUGUGUGCUACAAAUACCCCAAUAAUAAGAAUAAAUUCGUCUGAAAUUUGGCUGCGUUCUUUAAAAAAAAAAAAAAAACUUGAUCGCCGAAUUUGUAGUGACGUAACGUAAUACCCCAACAAAAGGAAACAUGCACUGCUGAGCUUUGUCCACCAGAGGGCGACAGUACACCGCUGUGCCACGAGAAUAUGAGACGGGCGGGGCUUUCACACUGACGACCACCGCGCUCCCAACUUGUCGAGGGAAGACUUUUAAAAAAGUCUUGUGGUAGGAACGGAAGAGGACAGUGGAGCUAUCGUCUCGCCACCGGCUACAUGUCCCAGAGGCCAAAGGUCUUAAAAGGAGCAUUCCGGUGUAAACAUGGAUGAUAUCUUCACACAGUGUCGGGAAGGGAAUUCUGUGGCCGUGCGCUUGUGGUUGGACAACACAGAGAAUGACCUCAAUUUGGGUGACGACCACGGCUUCAGCCCGCUGCACUGGGCCUGCAGGGAGGGGCGUGCCGGCGUGGUGGACAUGCUCAUCAUGAGGGGCGCUCGCAUUAACGUGAUGAACCGCGGCGACGACACGCCUCUGCACUUGGCGGCCAGUCACGGCCACAGAGACAUCGUGGCCAAGCUGAUCCAGUGCAAAGCGGACCCCAACACUGUCAACGAACACGGGAACACGCCUCUGCACUACGCCUGCUUCUGGGGCCAAGACCAAGUGGCAGAGGACCUGCUGGCCAGCGGUGCUCAGGUGUGCGUGUGCAACAGGUACGGCCAGACACCUCUGGACAAGGCCAAGCCUCACUUGAGGCAGCUGCUUCAAGAAAAGGCAGAGAAAAUGGGCCAGAGUCUGACCAAAGUGCCUUAUAAGGAGACCUUCUGGAAGGGUACCAUGCGGACACGACCCCGCAACGGCACCCUUAACAAGCAGGCCGGGAUUGAUCACAAGCAACUUUCACUGCUGGCAAAGAUCAACGAAAACCACUCAGGAGAGUGCUGGCAGGGUCGCUGGCAGGGUGACGAGGUCGUUGUCAAGGUGCUGCAGGUGAGAGACUGGACCACCAGGAAGAGCAGAGACUUUGGCGAGGAACAUCCCAAACUCCGGAUCUUCUCCCAUCCAAACAUCCUUCCUGUUCUCGGAGCGUGCCAGUCGCCGCCCUCCCCUCACCCCAUCAUCAUCACGCCCUACAUGCCCUACGGAUCUCUGCACAGCCUCCUCCACCAGGGCACCACUCUGGUGGUGGACCAAAACCAAGCGGUCAAGUUUGCCUUGGACAUUGCCAGCGGGAUGACGUUCCUCCACACUUUGGAUCCGAUGGUGGCGCGGCUGUACCUCAACAGCAAACACAUCAUGAUUGACGAGGACAUGACGGCCAGGAUAAGCAUGGCGGAUGCAAAGUUCUCCUUCCAGUGUCCUGGUCGCAUGUACGCUCCUGCCUGGGUGGCCCCUGAAGCCCUGCAGAAGAAGUCUGAGGACAUCAACAGGAGGUCUGCAGACAUGUGGAGUUUUGCCGUGCUGUUGUGGGAGCUUGUGACCAGAGAGGUUCCCUUUGCAGAUCUUUCUCCUAUGGAGAUUGGCAUGAAGGUGGCUCUGGAAGGCCUUCGACCCACCAUCCCGCCUGGGAUUUCCCCUCACAUCUGCAAGCUGAUGAGGCUGUGCAUGAACGAAGACGCCGCCAAGAGACCCAAGUUUGACAUGAUCGUGCCCAUCUUGGAAAAAAUGCAAGACAAGUAAAGUGUAAAUGCGUCCAAGCUACUUGUUCCUGCUCUGCUAGUGUAAAUAAUGCCACUUUAGCCACCCGAUGAGUAGACAACCGUUACUGUAAGUUAGGUAACCUUAGCACCACAAUGUUCUUUUAUUAAAGAAGACAAGUCAUCACAGAAAUGCAAAUAACAAUGCAAUAAAAGUU